AUUUUUCUGAUAGUCCUGUAUAAAAAUUUAAGGACAGUGGUGGAGGAAUGAAAACGUGAAUGCUAUCAGUUCCCUUCAGCUGUUCAAACUUUUAGUGAUAAGACAAUGUCCGUUUAUUGAUUAUCUAGUAUAUUCAUAAAGUUACCAGCACUUAAUUCCACGUGAAUAUUUUCUUUGCCGUGGAUAGUUAAUUGACUUCUAAACUAAUUAUAUAGGUUCAUAUAUUUCCAACAUUCAGUGGAAUUUUUAAUGUGAUAACAAGUUUUCUGGAAGAAGGACAAUUUUAUUCUUUUAUUUAUUUCAUAUUUCACGCCAUGGGAUUAUUAAACAUGGAUAUCUUUCUGAUUGUAUUACUGACUUUUGCAUUUUUACUGGAAUCUGUAAAUGGACAUGGGAGACUCUUAGAUCCACCGUCAAGAUCUAGUAUGUGGAGAUUCGGAUUAAGUCCAAUUAAAAAUUAUAACGACAACCAACUAUCGUGUGGAGGAUUUGCCAACCAAUACCUUUACCAGCACGGAAAGUGUGGGGUAUGUGGCGACCCCUAUCAGGGACCCCGCGAAAACGAGGCUGGCGGGAAAUAUGCUCGGGGAUUCCUCUCCCGGCGUUACGUAGAAGGACAGAUGAUUGACAUCGUUGUAGAGGUCACCGCUCUCCAUUACGGCUGGUUCGAGUUCAGGAUCUGUCCGAACAAUGAUAUCAAUAGAGCGGUCACUCAGGAGUGUCUAGAUAAACAUCUGCUGGUGUUGUCAACAGGUGCUACCAGGUUUACGGAAGUCACUUCUACCGGGAAGUACUUGCUUCAUGCGCAACUUCCGGCUGGUUUGACUUGCUCACAGUGCGUUGUCCAGUGGAAAUGGCAUACAGGAAACAAUUUCGGAUUGGCACCAGACGGACACAGAUGCAUGGGAUGCGGACCUCAGGAAGAAUUUUACGGAUGUUCUGACGUCACAAUUACUCCCAAAACUACACCUAUGUAUUAUCCAAAUUCGACGCCACACCCCGACACGCCUUCACCUGUUUACGUCACGCAGACAACGGAAAUCAUCACUCAACCACCCCCACAAACAUCAACUCCACCUAAAAAUUCUGGAGGAUUUCCAAUUAAUAUAUUUCCAGGAGUGCCCCUCGUUAAUCCAACAACGACAGAAGCCCCGCUUCAGCCUGGAACCCGUUGUUAUGCUAUUAAUUUGUGGGCGGGAGAUCCGGUUUUGAAUGAGUGGUGUGCUACAAACUGUGCCAAUGGAAACUGCCCGGCUUCCGCAUGCGCAUGUGCGUAAUUACAGUCGACUGCGUCGUUUUCAAAGAUCGAUUACUGCUAACAAAAUUGACAUCAAUAUUCAUUCGUAUCUCUUAAGUUUUUGCAUAAAUGACGUGCUUGAUGAAACAAAAUAAUUUUUUCACUCAUUUUUACCAUUGUAAAAAUUGUAAUAUGUCUAAUACAGUUAUUUACCAUUUUGUUAUUUUAUUUC